GUAUACACCGCAUCUUUCGCCUUUUUCGAAGCACUAUGGGAGGGUGGCGUGACCCAUGUCUUCGUCAAUUUAGGGUCUGAUCACCCUUCCAUCCUCGAGGCGAUGGUCAAGGGGCAGAAUGAAAAGAGGGACCAAUUCCCCACGAUUAUCACUUGUCCCAAUGAGAUGGUCGCGCUCUCGAUGGCCGAUGGCUACGCUCGCUUAACCGGCCAGCCACAGGCUGUGAUCGUACAUGUCGAUGUUGGAACCCAAGGAUUGGGCGCUGCAGUUCACAAUGCAUCGUGUGGUCGUGCUCCGGUUCUGAUUUUCGCCGGUCUCUCCCCGUAUACAAUUGAAGGUGAGACGAGGGGUUCGCGGACAGAAUAUAUCCACUGGAUCCAGGAUGUGCCUGAUCAGAAGCAAAUUGUUUCCCAAUAUUGUCGGUACUCGGGAGAGAUUAAGUCUGGCAAGAACGUGAAGCAGAUCGUGAACCGGGCUCUGCAAUUUGCGACGAGCGAUCCCAAGGGACCAGUAUAUUUGGUGGGCGCUCGUGAGGUUAUGGAAGAAGAUAUCGAGCCAUAUCAACUGAACCAGCGUGUCUGGGGCCCCGUGGCCCCCGCUGCCUUGCCUUCGACUGGUGUUGAGCUGAUCGCUUCCGAACUGGCUGCUGCUCAAAACCCGAUGGUGAUUGUUGGGUAUACAGGUCGACAGGCCCAGGCAGUAACGGAGCUCGUAUCUUUGGCUAAUGCCUUCAAGGGUGUUCGGGUGUUGGAUACUGGUGGAAGUGAUAUGUGCUUCCCUGCGAACCACCCUGCCUGGCUGAGCUUACGAUACCCUGGCCAUGAGCUAGUGAAGUCUGCCGAUUUCAUCCUGGUGAUUGAUUGCGAUGUCCCGUGGGUGCCAACCCAGUUCAAGCCGUCAGAGACCGCGAAAAUCAUCCAUAUCGACGUGGAUCCAUUGAAACAGCAGAUCCCGGUCUUCUAUAUCCCAUCCAUGGCCACAUUCCGCGCAGACUCCGCUACCGCACUCAAGCAGAUCAAUGACCACGUUGCGAGCAGAGGCGCGCUGCAGCAGUUCAUUGGCUCCAAGGAGAACAUCACCCUGGGACAACGCCGAGAUGAAGAAUAUCUGAAACGACGCCAAGAGAUUACCGACCUGGCGACUGUGCCAGAAGGCGGCGACGGCGCAUCCCUGAAUGUCAACUAUCUCAUCGCACAAGUUCGAAAGGGAUGCCCCGACGAUGCCAUCUGGGCCAUCGAGUCUGUCACCCUUACCCAUUUCGUGGCAGACCAGGUCUCUGCCACUCUGCCGAACUCGUGGAUUAACUGCGGAGGUGGAGGCCUGGGUUGGUCCGGAGGAGGUGCUCUGGGUAUCAAGCUUGCUUCGGACGUGCAGCAUGGUGGACGAGGCAAGGGCAAGUUCGUCGUGCAAAUAGUGGGAGAUGGAACCUUCCUAUUCUCGGUUCCUGGAUCCGUAUACUGGAUCUCGCGCCGCUAUGGAAUCCCAAUCCUGACAAUUAUCCUCAACAACAAGGGCUGGAAUGCUCCGCGCCGCAGUAUGUUGCUGGUCCACCCAAGCGGGGAUGGCUCGAGGGCGACGAACGAAGACUUGAAUAUCUCUUUCGCACCUACGCCCGACUAUGCGGGUAUCGCGAAGGCUGCUGCCGGUGGUGAAAUGUGGGCUGGUCGGGCAUCGACCGUGGCCGAGCUAUCGCAGAAGCUGCCUGAAGCUAUUCAGAGUGUCCUGAAUGGCAAAGGUGCAGUUUUGGAGGCGCAACUGGAUGGAACGAUAGGAAAGUAUGUAGAGAAGGCUUAG